AUGAACCAGACGUAUUCCUGAAGCGAGGAGCACGAGAACGUUUCUCGGCGUGUCUUUGCACGCACUCGGCACACGUGAGAUCGCAAUGGAAACGUUUCACGAUAAAGAUAGCGAACAUUGUGCUGAAACAAUGUCUCGUCUUUCCACGGAGGAAUCAAAAUGUACGAAACCACGAAGCAAAGGUGAAACCAGGGGACAAACAUCUACUGGUCUUACACACGAAUGCGGUGUUUUCGGAUGUAUAGCUGCAGGCGACUGGCCAUCACAAAUUGAUGUUGCUCAAGUUAUUUGUUUAGGUUUAGUGGCGUUGCAACAUAGAGGACAAGAAAGCGCUGGAAUCGUUACAAGCGAGGGUAUCUGCUCCAAGUCAUUCCAUGUUCAUAAGGGUAUGGGAAUGAUCAAUAAUAUUUUCACCGACGAGAUUAUGAGAAAACUCAAAGGAAAUCUUGGGGUUGGUCAUACCAGAUAUAGUACAAGUGCAGCCAGUGAAGAAGUCAACUGUCAACCAUUUGUGGUACACACUGCGCACGGGGCACUAGCAGUUGGACAUAAUGGAGAAUUAGUCAAUACGGAAUCUCUUCGAAAAAUGGUAUUAGGUCGAGGCGUUGGUUUAUCAACGCAUUCGGACUCGGAGCUUAUAACACAAGCACUCUGCUUGAAUCCGCCGGAAGGUGAAGUCAAUGGACCAGAUUGGCCUGCACGUAUCAAACACCUUAUGCAAUUGGCACCGUUGUCAUACUCCUUAGUUAUAAUGCAUAGGGACAAAAUUUAUGGCGUUAGAGAUCCUUACGGAAAUCGACCUCUUUGUUUAGGAAAAAUUGUGCCAAUUGGCAAUUUAGCAAGUAACGAGUCCGAUGACGAUGACGAUGAAGCAGAAGGCUGGGUAAUUUCGUCGGAAUCUUGCGGAUUCUUAAGUAUCGGCGCAAGAUAUGUUCGCGAAGUAUUUCCUGGCGAAAUUGUGGAGCUGACUAGAGAGGGUAUUAAAACGAUAGAGAUAGUGGAAAGGCCAAAUAAAAAACCACAAGCAUUUUGUAUCUUUGAGUACGUCUACUUCGCUAGGAGUGACAGCAUUUUUGAAGGUCAAAUGGUAUAUUCCGUUCGUAUGCAAUGUGGACGAGUGCUAGCGAUGGAAUCUCCGGUUGAAGCAGAUAUUGUCAGUUCUGUACCAGAAUCGGGAACUGCAGCGGCACACGGAUACGCCAGACAAUCUAAAAUACCUUUCGCUGAAGUGCUGUGCAAAAACAGAUAUGUAGGUAGAACAUUUAUUCAACCGAGCACGCGACUGAGGCAGCUCGGAGUAGCCAAAAAAUUCGGAGCUUUGUCUGAAAAUGUAAAAGGAAAGAGAAUAGUUCUAGUUGAUGACUCUAUCGUGAGGGGUAAUACAAUCGGUCCGAUUAUUAAACUCUUAAGGGAUGCAGGCGCUAAGGAGGUUCAUAUCAGAAUAGCCUCGCCACCGCUGAAGUAUCCGUGUUACAUGGGCAUCAACAUUCCAACGAGAGAAGAACUUAUCGCGAAUAAGCUUGACAAUACAAAAUUGGCCAAACACGUGAGAGCAGACAGUUUAACGUACCUUUCAGUCGAGGGGCUUGUCGAGGCGGUCAGAUAUCGCAUGGACAAUCGCGAAAGUAAUUACAUCGGUCACUGUACUGCCUGCCUAACAGGAGAGUAUCCAGAUGAAUUACCUGGUGACCUCGACUGGUAAAAAAAAAGAGAGAGAGAGAGAGACGCGUUAUUUUUUUCUAAAAUCAAACAAAACUCAGGUUUCUGAAAGAAAAUAACGAAUACGUAGCAUUCUGCAAUGUACGAUUUAACAAAGUGUUAUAUUAUCCCUUCGUUAAUACACAGAUGUGAAUUCGCACCAACAUUUUUUACAGCUAUAAAAUUAAUCCUAAAAUUAAUAUUUUAAUGCUGUUACCUGCUUGUAAAAAAAGUUGAAGUCAUCACUGCACUUUCAUGCAUAAAUAUCUAUAGUAUUCUUCAAAUAGGAAAUAAAAUUAUCCAUUUUCAACACUGGAUGAAAAAUAAGUCUUGAGAAAUUUGAAAACAUAAUACAUCUUAGAGUUUUAAUAAAUUUUUUACUAAUAUGUUUUUCGAUUAACGUCACUGAAGCAAAGUUCCUUGCCUUUUUUCUUCAAAUUUUUAAAAUUGAAAAAACAUCAAAUUAGCUGUAUUAUAAGCGGAGUUCUGAACCGCCAAAGUUGCACGAUGCAGAUUCGCAUAAAGAUCAUUAUGCUACAUAAAGAUCACGAAAGAUGUAUGUAAACGAAGAGUUAUUAUAGAUAUAUUCGCGUAUCUAGAUAUU